CAGGGUGGGACCAAACUCCAGCGCAGUCAGGAGCUGCUAUCUGGCCCUGGGAUCAGGAGCUCCAGCAGCAGAACGCAACACUCUCGGCUGCGCCACUGGAUCUACUUCUCGGAGCGGAAGCAUCCGAGACUGACUCGGAGAUGAGAGCGAGUCCUCGCCACAUCUGGAACCUCCCGCUCUCCGAACUUUCUCUCAACUUGGAGCGGAAACGCCAGAGUUGUCCUCGGGAACAGCGCCGCGAACCUUUCCACGGCUCUCACGCGCGGGACUUGUGAGCCGCGAGCGUCGAGGCAGCCGCGAGGAGACAUGGAGCAGGGCGCCAGCGCGCGCCUCUAAAGACUCAGAGAUGGGCUCCUCUGCUCGGCUGACACUGGUGCUCGUGCUUUUGGGGGUCACCGCCUGUGGUGCAGCCCCCAGCCCCGAGGACCAGGGCGAGCUGCUCUGCACUUGCCAGAAUGAAAAGGGCACCUGCGUGAACGGCACGUGCCGGGGCCACUACUGCUUUUACACCUGGGUGAGGGGACGGGAGGAGAGGGGCUGCUUCCUCUUGGACCACUACAGGGAGCAGUGCUACACGUCCUUCGAGCGCUUCUUCGUCUCCUGCUGCAAACAAGAGCUGUGCAACACCCACAUCACUCCUCCACCAAACAUCAAUGGAGUGGCCACCACGCCCACCCCUGAAGCGACUCGGUCCGGGCUAUGGAUCUCCCUGUCCCUGAUGCUGGUGGUCCUGGCAGCCGGCGUCUGUGCCGUGAUGCUGCUCCUGCAGAGCAGAGACCCUCGCUGUCGACUGCGAGACGUCGAACACCGUGACCUCACCGUGCCCAAGGUCACGCAUGGAGACGACCCCACCUAUGGAGACAUCUUUGAUGAGUUCUGCACGUCAGGAAGUGGGACAGGACUUCCAUACCUGGUCCAGAGAACCAUGGCCAGACAAAUCUCUCUGGUGGAGUGCGUCGGUAAAGGGCGGUACGGAGAGGUGUGGAGGGGCACCUGGAUGGGCGAGAGCGUGGCAGUCAAGAUCUUCUCCUCACGGGACGAGCAGUCCUGGUUCAGAGAGACGGAGAUCUACAACACCGUCCAGCUGCGACACGACAACAUCCUGGGCUUCAUCGCCUCUGACAUGACGUCCAAGAACUCCAGCACGCAGCUGUGGCUGGUCACUCACUUCCACGAGCUGGGCUCGCUCUACGACGUCCUGCAGUUCACCAGCCUGGAGCCGGAGAGCUGCCUGAGGAUGUGUCUGUCGGUGGCCUGCGGCCUGGUCCACCUCCACACCGAGAUCGUCAGCUCGCAGGGCAAACCGGCCAUCGCUCACCGGGACCUGAAGAGCCGCAACAUCCUGGUGAAGCGGAACGGGCAGUGCUGCAUCGCCGACCUGGGUCUGGCGGUGAUGCACUCUCAGUCCGGCGACUACCUGGACGUGGGCAACAACCCGCGCGUGGGUACCAAGCGCUACAUGGCUCCGGAGGUUCUGGACGAGACGCUGCGCAUGGACGUCUUUGACUCCUACAAGCAGACCGACAUCUGGGCUCUGGGUCUGGUGUUCUGGGAAAUUUCCCGCAGGACCAGCGUCAAUGGUAUCGUGGAGGAGUACCGGCCUCCCUUCUUUGAUCUGGUCCCAUCGGACCCCAGCUUUGAGGAGAUGAAGAAGGUGGUUUGUGUGGACCAGCAUCGGCCCAGUUUGCACAAUCGCUUCCACUCGCACCCGAUCCUGUCGGCCAUCGUGAAGAUCAUGAAGGAGUGUUGGUUCCACAGCCCAAUUGCUCGGCUCACGGCCCUGCGUGUGAGGAAGACGCUCUCCAAACUGGACCACGAGAGCGACGUCGGCAGCGAGAAGCUGAAGCGAGACAUCUGAAGAAGGAGAAGAAGACAGGCAUCUGCACCGUUGUUCAAUGGAAUCACCGAGGCGCUUCUCAAUGCAGAUCCAAACCUUGGAAGUCCUGUCUGGACGCCUGGCCACAGCUCCAUCACCACGGUGCACUCGCUCGCGUUACUGGCCCGGUAUUUGCUCCGUCAGCGAGCCCUUCCUUCUCGUGUGCUCUGGUGUCUGACACCCAACGCUUGGCUGUGUGCGUCAUUGAUCAGCGCGUCCAACACGUUAGCCGUGCAUGUAGUUUAGUCCAGCAAUGGCCAUUGUGCCUUUUGUUUUGCACCUGUAUAUCUGAUGUAACGUUUCACACACGCCACAAUAACUGUCACCGCUUGGCAUUCAAUAGAUACAUACAUCUGUACAUGUUCAAUUAAAGAUCAUAUUUUUCAAA